AUGGCUGGAGAAGACAUCCCAAGAGGCAUUUCUAUGGAGCAAGCUCAAAUUAUGAAUCUCCAACGAAGGCAAGAAGAGAUAAUGGAGCAGCUUGCACGUUUAACUCAAGCAUUUGAAAGGAUUGGAGUUCAGCAGCAACCUCAAGCAUCAAGGAGGGUUGUUCAUAAUGAUGAAGGUGAAGAAAAUGCAACUGGAAACGAUGAUAGUGAAUGUGAAAAUUUAAAAGCACAACGUAGAAGGGAUGGAGAAGAGGAUGUUAGAAGUUGGGGGGUUAUGAAACACCUAAUGAAGAAACGAUUUGUUCCAGAAUACUAUAAGCAAGAGUUGUAUAUUCGCUUGCAAAGUCUUAGGCAAGGUGGCAUGAGUGUUGAGGAUUAUGUUAAAGAAUUUGAAAUGUUAAUGAUGAGAUGUGAAUUACAAGAACCUCAAGAGCAGACCAUUGCUAGGUUCAUAGGGGGAUUAAAUAGAGAAAUUGCCAACAUUGUGGAAUUACAACCUUUUGUGUUCUUGGAGGAUAUCAUCAAACUUGCCAUUAAAGUGGAAAGGCAGCUAAAGCGCAAUCCAACUAAGCAUAUGGUGUCUCGGCAAACUGGUAGCAAAAUAACCAACUCUCUAUCUACGCCAACAAGAGGCUCAUUUGCAGAUUGGGGUACAAAUCAAAAGGAGAAGGGGGACUCUAGCAAACCACCAGCAAGAAUGGGCAAAGAAAAGGAGAAAGUGGGUAACCCUAAUCCUCCACAAAGGAGCAGGGAUAUCAAAUGUUUUAAAUGCCUUGGCCAUGGUCAUAUUGCUUCUGAAUGUCCAAACAAAAGAGUAAUGGUUCUUCGGGGAACACAAGAAGAGGUAGAAAGUGAAGAUGAGGCAGCACUAGAAGAAGAAGAUGAAUGUAUGGAUGAAGAAAGUUUACAUGCUGAUGAUGGGGAAUUACUUAUGAUUCGGCGAUCCUUGAAUUUACAAGCAAAAUUAGAUGAUGAGCAGCGUGAGAACAUCUUCCAUACUAGAUGCACCAUCAAUGGGAAGUUGUGUGGAGUAAUUAUAGAUGGAGGAAGCUGUGCUAAUGUCGCUUCUACUACUAUGGUGGAGAAAUUAAAUUUGGCAACAACAAGGCAUCCCCACCCAUACAAGCUGCAAUGGUUGAAUAAUAAUGGAGAAGUAAGGGUUACAAAACAGGUUGUUGUGCCAUUUUCAAUUGGGAAGACCUAUAAGGAAGAAUUGUUAUGUGAUGUGAUUCCAAUGAAUGCUACUCACUUGCUUUUGGGAAGGCCGUGGCAGUAUGAUAGAAGCGUUAUUCAUGAUGGAUUCAAAAAUACAUACUCUUUUGUCAAGGAUGGGAAAAGCAUAAGUUUGGUCCCUCUUAGUCCUCAACAAGUGCAGCAAGAUCAGCUCUUAAUGGAGAGGGGAAAGAAAGAAAGUUUGCUUGCAGGUAAGAAAGAAGUAGAACAAGCCUUGUCCAUUCACAACUUGGUUCUAGUGCUAAUUGUAAAGGAAGCAACAUCAGACAAGGUAAUUUCUUUACCACCACAAAUCAAGAAGAUCCUCGAAGAAUUUGCUGAUGUAUUUCCAGAAGAGAUACCAAACGGGCUGCCACCAUUUAGAGGGAUUGAACACCAGAUUGAUCUCAUUCCAGGAGCCACCUUACCAAAUAGACCGGCAUAUAGAACCAACCCAGAAGAAGCCAAGGAGUUGCAUCGGCAACUCUAUUAG